CUCAUUCCGAAGGCCGUGCUCCGACCGCGGACACUCCCCUGGGGGGCGGUCGGAACCCCCCGGUCCUUAUGGGAGGGGCCGGGGCUCCGCGGACCGCACCCGGGUGCUGGGCUUGGCAGCACCCAGGACCGCCUGCCCCAAUGGAGCACAGCGUGCCCUAGGAUGCCUCCGGCCGCAGCCCCGCAGCGCCCUGCCGAUGCUGCCCCGUCCCUCCACCAUGCACGAUGAGCAGCGGCUGCCCGGCAAUGCGGUAGCCUGGCUGGCGUGUGCCGGCGUCUCGCUGCUCGCCAACACCUGGGGCAUCCUCAGCAUCAGUGCCAAGCAGAAGAAGUGGAAGCCGCUGGAGUUCCUGCUGUGCUCCCUGGCGGGCACCCACAUCCUCACCACCGCCAUCCCCAUCACCACAUACGCUGUGGUGCAGCUCCGGCGGUGGCACUCGGGCUACGAGUGGAACGAGGGCCUCUGUAAGGUCUUUGUCUCCACCUUCUACACCCUGACGCUGGUCACCUGCUUCUCCGUCACCUCUCUCUCCUACCACCGCAUGUGGAUGGUCCGCUGGCCCGUCAACUACAGGCUGAGCAACACGCGGAAGCAAGCCGUUCACACCGUGAUGGGCAUCUGGAUGGUCUCCUUCAUCCUCUCCACACUGCCGGCGGUGGGUUGGCACGACACCACCGAGCGCUUCUAUGCCAGGGACUGCCGCUUCGUCGUAACGGAGAUUGGCCUGGGCUUCGGUGUCUGCUUCCUUCUCCUCAUUGGGGGCAGCAUGGCCGUUGGUGCUGUCUGCAUUGGCAUUGCUCUCUUCCACACCGUCUUGGGUCACCGUGGCCCCAACGCCAGCAACAGCCGCUUCCACGUGCCCACCAUCGUGGUGGAGGAUGCCCAGGGCAAGCGGCGCUCCUCCAUUGAUGGAUCUGAGUCCGUCAAGACCUCCCUGCAGAUCACCUACCUAAUCACUGUCAUCGUCCUCGUCUAUGAUGUCCUGAUGGGCUUCCCGGUGCUGGUGGUGAGCACUGCCAGCCUGCGCUCGGACACCUCCUCCGAGUGGAUGGUGCUGUGCCUCCUCUGGUGCUCGCUGGCACAGUCCCUGCUCCUGCCCCUGUUCCUCUGGGCCUGCGACCGCUACCGAGCCAGCCCGCGUGCCGUCUGCGAGAAGUGCCGCACCGUGCUGGCCAACGACGAUGAGGAUGAAGAGAGCAGCCUGGAGGGCGCGGUGGCCGUGGCAGGAGAGCUGGUGUACGACCGCCCCUACGAGUACGGCUGCGCGGCCGAGGUCCUGGUGCUGGACCCUAUCGCCACGCGUGACUUCUCAGUGCUGGAGCAGGGCCUGCCCCCAGUGAGCCCCGCCAGGACGGAGCCGGGGGACCGCAUGCAGUACCUGCAGGUGCCCCCGCUGCGGCGCUUCUCCCACGACGAGACAGACCUGUGGACCAGCGGCCAGGUUGCGGCGUACCUGCAGCGCUGGGGGCCGGGCGGAGAGGCGGCGGGGCUGGCCCGGCUCCUGGCCCCGCAUCGUGACCGCUCACACCACGGCCUCGGCCCCCUCUCCGACGAGCAGCUCGCCUACCGCCGCCGCCGCCGCUCCGCCGACAGCCUGGCCGCCCCGCUGCACCUCUCCCGCGAGGACCUGCGCCUGGCCGAGCUGCACGCGUUCGGCGGCGAGCGGGGGGCGGCGGGCGGCCCGGGGCGCUCGGCCUCGGUGGCGCUGCUGCCCGCGGCGGCGCAGCACCAGGCGCUGCUCUCCGCCUUCCCCCUGGCCACUCUCCAGCGGGAGCCCCGGAGGCUGCCCGGCCCCGUGGGCGGCCUCGCGGUACCGGGGCAGCUGCUGGCCCCCGAGGACCCGGUGCGGCUCGUGGCCCCUCGGCCCGCCGGGGGCUGCGCGGGGCGGGCGCAGCGAGCGGGGCCGGGCGCGGAGCCGUGGGCGGCACGGCCGGGCCUCGGGGACGGCGGCCGGGGCAGCACCAGCAGCUUCCUGAGCUCGCCGUCCGCCUCCUCGGGGUACAUCACGUUCCUGUCGGACUCCAUCGGCUCGGCCUCAUAGGGCGGGGCGCGGCACGAGGCCGCGUCCCCCAGGGCAGAGGCCGCGCGGCGGCGGUACGGCCCGAGGGGAGCGCGACGGCAAGCCGGGGCCGGGGCCGUUUGUUGGCUGUAAGGACUGCACUACACGAUACAUUUUUUGUUGUUGUUUUGUUUUUCAAUUUUCAAUAAAAAAACGCUGCACAGAGCUGCGGGCUGAGCGCUCCGGGCGGGGCAGGCUCUGCCCACCGGGCACCCGCCGCUCCGCCUAGG